AUGUUACUAUUCAGCACUCAAGUCUGGGUCAAGAACCUGAAUGCCAAGAAGACACAGUCUCAGGCAGUAAAAGGUCACUUCCUUGGUUUCGACAAAGGAUCCAAAGGCUACAGAAUAUAUUGGCCUGGCAAGCACAGAGUCACCAUUGAGCAGAAUAUGUACCCCACACAAAAUGCAGCACUUGGUCAAUACACCAAACCCAUGAUGAUUGAGGGAGGGGAAGAGGAUCCAGUAACAGUCAACCUACCAGAGUUCAGUGAAGAAACUCAAAGAGAAUAUGUGGCUCAAGAGGAGAUACCAAACAAGCAAUGCAAGCAUGAAGAACCAUUGUCUCCACUCACUACACCACCUGCCACACCACGAGAAAACACUCCACAGCCAGCACAAGUCCAGCAACCUUGCAGUGAUGGGCUCAUCCCAUCUAAUGGAGAUUUUGGACAUGGCAAGAGAGUAACACACCAACCUGGGCAGUAUAGACCACUUGCAGGCAUGGUAGCUACUAUUGCUGAAGAGGACCUCAAUGAGCUAUUUCAACAAUCAGGUUUUGAAGUCAAUACCAGCUACAAUGAAUUUGCCUUAACAGCAAGUUAUGGCAGUGAACCAAAUACCCUGGAUGAAGCUCUGGCCUAA